AUGGUUAGAGGUGCCAUAGCCAAUCCAAAUGCCAGCUGGCCAGCGUCCCUGGCGCGCCCACGCGGCCGUCCAAGCCCAAUGAAUUGGCUUGACUGCUGCGUUCUUCACGUCAAGAAAACUCAGCCAGCCAUUACAAAGCAGCCGAUUGAGUCUCCAAACUCUCGCCUCACACUGUCACAUGGCUUGGAGAAGUUGGCGACGCUGAGGACCGAUCGGCAUAAGUUCGCCCCGAUAGUGCAACCCUCAACCACACUGCAGGAAAAAAAAGAUCCUCGCAGAAAGUCCACACCCAAGUCGCUGCCGUCCAUGUCGCCCACUAACCACUCCGAGGAGGAGCCAUGCCGCCCUCGUCGCUUCACAGAGCGAUUAUCCUCACUCAUGACUUUUGCUGAACUGUCUUCGGUGUCCCAGUGGAUUAACGACGAUGUCCGACCCGUGGAGAAGGAAAGGCGGACAUGGAACCUCAGAUCCUUUCACGAUUUUUGCCUCUCUUGGUGGCAGGCCGUGAUUUGCAUUGUCGUCGGAAACCUUAUAGCCCUGGCUGCAGUUCUCGCCAAUUCCGCUGCGGGAUCUCGAUAUCAUGUCGGAUUUCCCGUCAUUAGUCGAUCGGUCUGGGGCAUGUGGGGUUCCCAAUUCACCAUCUGGAACCGCAUAUUUCUUUCUAUAGUCCUCGCGUUGGACCCCCGAGUCGAUCAACACAUACGCAAUACCAUGCCAGGCCGUGCACACCUGACGACGGCGCGAUUCAUAUCGUACGUUAUUUUUUGCGUCAUCAGUCUUCCAUUCAUUUGGAUUCGGCCACAUCGACUGCAGUGGUUCUUGAACAGCACAUCCCUGGUCGCGCUCGUCUUCUACAUCGCGCUGUUAAUCUGGGCUCUGACGACCAUGGGACCGAGCGGAUUCGGAAGCACAAUUACAGAAGACAAGCCGAACCCUCCUAGUGGGCCCAACAGCACUGCGUGGGUGAUGGUCUCGGGCAUCGUCGCGACCAUCGGCUCGAUCGCGGCUGGAAUUCUCAACCAGAACGAUUAUACACGCCUGGCCCGCUCGCCGCGAGAUGCGAAAUGGGGCCAAAUCAUCGCAUACCCGAUCUAUAGUAUCGGCACUUCCAUCAUUGGUAUUUUGGUGGUCGCUGCCACACAAGAUCGCCUUGGAAAGGAGCACUGGUUUCUUCCAGGUCUCUUGGCGCGGGUUGUCCGCAAGAAUCCAACACCGGGAGCUCGCGCUGGCGUCUUCUUUUCGGGACUGGCAUUGACUUUUUCCCAGCUGGGAAGUAAUGUCCUCGGCAAUGCUCUGGCAGGAGGCAUUGACUUGGCGGCCGUCUUCCCGCGAUUCCUCAAUAUCCGCCGUGGUGCCUACAUCACAGCGAUCAUAAGCCCCAUUGUGAAUCCAUGGCGCAUGGUUGACACGGCAACCAUUUUCAUCUCGGUCAUGUCUGGGUAUGGUGUUUUUUUGGCACCCAUGACAGGCAUUAUGGUGGCGGGCUAUUAUAUCGUACAUCGGCGGAAAUUGGAUGUCGAUGACUUGUUCCGUGGCGACCCAUCGAGUAAAUACUGGUACAACAACGGCGUAAAUUGGAGAGCGCCGAUAUCCCUAACGUAUGUCGAGCAGUGGGCUAUUGGAGUUGGCCCGUGUUUGCCAGGAUUUGUGGCCUCGGUCAACAGCGCAGUCAACGUGCCAGACAGUAUCCGUGAGCUGUAUAUGACAAACUAUGUAUAUGGGUUCUUCUCGAGCGGGCUCGUAUUCGUGGCGCUGCACGCGGCGUUCCCUGCGCGGGCCGUGGAUGAGUUUGUCAAGAAUGAGAUGCCAGCUGCAGAUGUGCAACGGUACUACAGCGACCGAUGGGAUGUCAGCUUAUCCGAAUCUGGGCGAAUGGUAGCUGCGAGUGUCGGGCAAGAGCAUAAAAGGCCGGGGGAGAGACGGCCAGAAGGUCAAGCAACGGAGUCGGCAGCGGUAACAGAUGCUGGUGAGAUGCGAAGACGGACUGCCUCCGGGGAAGUCUGA